CAUGGACCCAGCGGCCCGACCAAGUAUAAAAAAAGUUGCAAAGCACUCCUGGUUGCGAGUAAAGCGUUCAUUUACUGAACGACUGUCAUCCUUUUUCCGUCGUAUUUUCCACAGACGUCGUGGUUCGUACGACGUCUCUGCCGUGGCCAUGGCCAAACAAACGUCAUUCCAGGCUCUUCACCAAACAGCUGGAAGCAAAUCGCCAACAAUUAGUGGCCAGUCAUCUGUUGGCCAGUCAUCGAACCAAUCCCAGAUAAACAGUCAGGAAUUGUUGGAGACGUCUAUGGAAGAAAAUUACCAGGAAUGGCCGAUCACUGUCGAUGAGCCGGCCAGCCAUUGCGACCAGUAGUUACCAUUCUGAUGACAGGAUAUUCAGCUC